ACUUCCUCAAACUUUGCUCCGCGGUGAGUGAGUCCGGUCCUUCCCGGUGUGAGCAGCGCGUCUUCGUCCUGAGCGGGGCUCGAAACCGGCCUUCCUCUCAACUGCGGCGUCGGUGGUUGUGUAGCAGCAGGCCCGGCGCUGAGGUGGUGUUGGUCCCGAUGGCAGGUCUCAGGAGCGGAGCAGGAGCACCGAGCGGCCGGCGGGGAGCACUGGCCGCUGCCCUCACCGUCCUCCCGCUGCUGCUGCUCACCUGCUGCGUCAGGUGUGCGGAGAGCUCCAAGCCCAGCAACAUCAUCGUCGUGCUGGCCGACGACCAGGACGUUGAGCUGGGGGGGAUGAUGCCGAUGAAGAAAACGAAAGCUUUAAUAGGAGCUGCAGGAGCAACAUUUGUGAACGCUUUCACAGUCACGCCGCUGUGCUGCCCCAGCAGAAGCAGCAUCCUGACAGGUCGCUACCCUCACAACCACGAGGUGAGGAACAACUCUCUGACGGGGAACUGCUCCAGCACACUGUGGCAGAAAGGCCCCGAGGCUGAGGCCUUCCCUGUCUACCUCAACAAGCAGAAAUACCAGACGUUCUUCGUUGGAAAGUAUCUUAACCAGUACGGUAAGAAAGAAGUCGGAGACGUCGGCCAUGUUCCACCUGGCUGGGACCAAUGGCAUGCACUGGUGGGAAACUCACAGUACUACAAUUACACACUGUCAAUCAACGGCAAAGCGGAGAAGCACGGCGACAGUUAUGAGAAGGACUACCUCACAGACCUCAUACUGAAUCGGUCCCUUAGCUUCCUGGAUGAGAGAAGUCCUCAGCAUCCGUUCUUCCUGAUGCUGUCUACUCCGGCUCCUCACUCGCCCUGGACGGCAGCGCCUCAGUACCAGAAGAUGUUCAGCGACGUUCAGGCUCCUCGAAACGGCAGCUUUAACAAGCUGGGGAAGGACAAACACUGGCUGCUGCGUCAGCCUGUCAACCCCAUGCCUGACAGCUCGAUCAACUUCCUAGAUAAUGCCUACAGGAAAAGGUGGCAGACUCUGUUGUCUGUGGACGACAUGGUGGAGACGUUGGUGAAGAAACUGGACAGUAUGAAGGAGCUGGACAACACCUACAUCUUCUACACGUCAGACAACGGCUACCACACAGGUCAGUUCUCGUUGCCCAUCGAUAAAAGGCAGCUGUAUGAAUUUGACAUCAGGAUCCCGCUCAUGGUCAGAGGUCCUGGUAUCAAACCGAAUCAGAUGCUGCAGGCUCCGGUCCUGAACAUUGACCUGGCUCCCACCAUACUCGACAUAUCCGGUGUGAACCUGUCGACUGUGAAUGUAGAUGGACAGUCUUUCCUUGCUCAGAUGGCUCCGUCACUGCGUAAUGGAACAGUACGACCGUUUUUCCUGGUUGAAUACACCGGAGAGGGACAUCCAACCACAGACCCAGCUUGUCCUAAACUAGGCCCUGGGCUGUCUCAAUGUUUCCCAGACUGUGUGUGUGAAGACGCCUACAACAACACAUAUGCCUGCGUCAGGACCCUCGACAGCAAAAACAACCUGCAGUACUGCGAGUUUGCUGACAGCGAGUCGUUCGUAGAGGUGUAUAACUUGGCAUCGGACCCGCAUCAGCUGGAGAACAUCGUGAAGAAGGUGGAUCCCACCGUCCUGCAGGCCAUGAACCAGCGGCUCAUAAAGCUGCAGUCCUGUGUGGGCGACAGCUGCCGCAACAUCGACUAACGAGGAAAGAGACUGAUGAUGAGGCUGCCAAUUACCAAAACCAUACCGUACUGAGGGUAGAGGACGGGGUCUGUUUGUGUGAACUUCUGCCACAAGUAUGAUGCCAUGUUUCAGAAGGAAAAAGAUGGUGUAACUAAUGACAUCAGUCAUGGCUGACUUCUAUUUAGCUGCCUCAGUGCCAGGGCCCUGGUGUUGCGUACAACGGAUUUGGGGGAAAUGUGAUCUUUUGAUGAUAUUUAGAUGUUUGUGCAGCAAAUAUGGAGCCAUAGCUGUAUUGUAAACAUGAUAAAUGACAGUUUUAAUAGGGUGUGUGUGCCAGACUGUUUCUCAGCCAGGUUUAGUAAUGUAAACCAAGUAAAACUGUGAUUUGUUUUAAUACUUCAGACUUUGUUGCCCAGCCACAUUUUUAUUUAUGUCACCUGAACUUUUCCUUUUACACUGUUGCUGUUUUUCUGAGCUGUGCUCAUUUAUUUAAUCCUUUAAAGAGUUUCGUGUAGUUUCUUUUAAGUAGUGGUUAACUGAUAUGGAUGUUUCAGAGCCACUACAGACCGCAAGUAAUCAAGGACGCCAAUAAACGAGAUUUGAAACUGAUAUACAGUUUCAGAAAAAUUAUAACUGUCGUGUCAAAAUUUACAGUAACACAAAAUCUAACACAAAACUUCAGUAUAAUGUCUUCUCUGAACCCCAAAACCUGCAAGCGGGGUGGAAGGAAUGCUGUCUUUAAAAAAAAAAAAAAAAAAGCCAAAGUAAUGACAUUUAUCAAAGCCAGAAACUGAAUUGAAAAGAAUGAGUUUUCAUUUUUCUGAUGGGCCUUGAACUACUCAUUUGUGAUGUGCCAUUCUAUCAGCAAAGUUAACCAAAUCUAAGCUUAAAAUUGUGAUAUUUAAUCAAAAUCUAAUUAUUCUAUGUGUUUCAUUUUAAAGCUCGCCAAAAAUUUGUCUUAUUUAAAAACACACCACAAAUAAAGAGUUUACACUAACCAGAAUCUCAGCUGUUACCAAUAGUCACAUUACAAAAAUUUAGCCUUUUAAAAAAAGUAUUUUUGGAGUUUUCAGGUGAACUACUGACUGUAUUUACACACCACAAAAAAGGCAAUUAUUAAAACAAAUUUUCAAGAUAGGCACAUGGAAAAAUGCACAAACAAAAAAGAAUGCAACAUAACUGUCAUACUGGAUAGAAGACAUUUCAGACAUUACAAAAGACACAGCUAGAUGUAGAGUUCUUUUUACUUCAAAUCAUGGUUGUGCUGUUUCCAUAGAGAUGCAGGACUUUAUAUUGCAAUGAAAACUUUGUCCACAGUGAAGAAAAAAAUUAAUGCAAUAAAACAGGCUAAAAUUACUUGGAGUUCACAAGGUUAAAUAAUUUUUUUUGGAAUGUGUUAAAACUAAAAUGAUAAUAUGAAAAUUACUCCGUUGGAUCCAGCUAGGCCGCUUAGCGUUGACCUCUACUUUUAAAAUAAACCUUUCCUGUUCUCAUCUACGCUGGGAUGUUUUUCUGCUUAUAAAUCACACUGGAUGUUCAGGAACAUUUUACCAAUGACAGAAACACAAAAUGUGGUGCAGAUUUUUUUCUUAAACAGUUCACAACCAAAGGUUUGUUAGAACGCUGGCACCCUCUUUGAAGAACUUUGAUUUGUUGCUGAGAACUUGAUCAGUGCAUGAUACCACCAGCAGCUAGUUAGUUUAGCACAAAAAUGACCCGUUUCUAUUAAUACGUAAAGUUCAGUUGUGAAAUUACUACAAAAACUGAAUCAUAGAAAUCACACUUUGUUUCAUGCUCAGCUAACCAUCUGCUGGCUCUAACUACGUAUUUAACGUACAGAGACGAGUGUUUAUCUUCUUACUUGUUUGCUGUGUUGUUGACAUGUUCAUGCUCAUAAUUUAAUUUCUGCAACACCUCAAGUGAAAGUCUGUCUUGAAUGAACACCCUGUCCUGUGUCCAGUAUUUACUGCAAUUUUGUGCCUCAUAUUUGAAGACUGGACAUUUUAGAAUUUUAGCGCUCAUGUUUCUAUCUUACAUACAUACUUACAAUACUCAUGGAAACUUUUGCAAAGAGCCUUUUAACAGUGGGGCCUGGAAGAUGUGCUAUAAUACUUUUUCAGAUGUGUUUUCUAAUUGUGAGGAAUCUACAUAUCAAGGGACCUUUUGCACGCUUUAAUCCUGUGUGCCUUGUUUGCACUAUUAGGCUCUUAUGCCUUAAAUGUGAAUGAAUUUGCACUGUGACAAAACUGAUUCAAAAUAAAUCAAAAGCAUUUA